AUGGGCGGUGUCCUCGCCCUCAAGAGCUGGAACGAAUUCAUGGAUCUACCCACCGGCACCUAUCUCGGCUGGAUCAACGCCAUCUACUUCCUUGGCAGCGGUCUUGCUUUCCCUGCCGGCGCCUGGGUCUCCAACCGCUGGGGUCGCAAGCCUGGCAUUUACAUCGGUUAUGCCUUUGUCGUCCUCGGCGUCGGCAUCCAGGCCGCUGCGCAGAACGAGAAGAUGUUCACCUACGCCCGUCUUCUCAUUGGCAUCUCGUCCGCCUGGCUGAGCAUCUCCGCCCCCGUCCUGCUCAACGAGAUCGCAUACCCAACCCACCGCGCCAUCGCCAGCGCGCUCUACAUGUGCGGCUACUACGUCGGCGGCACCAUCUCCUCGUGGGUCACCUUUGGCACGAGGAACUUGGACUCGGACUGGGCCUGGCGCAUCCCCAUUCUUCUCCAGAUCGCCCUGCCUCUCGUCGCCCUGCCCGGCUUCCUCAUGGCCCCCGAGAGCCCGCGUUGGUUCAUCAGCGUCGGCCGCACCGAGGACGCAGCUAAGGUCCUGGCCGAGUACCACGCCGGCGGUGUCAUUGAAGACCCCAUUGUUGUCUCCCAGAUGAUCGAGAUCGAGACCACGAUCAAUGCCGAGAAGGAGGCCAGCAACAGCGGCUCGUACCUCGACAUGUCCCGCACCCCCGGCAACCGCCACAGGCUGGCCAUCUCUGUCGGACUCGGUUUCAUCUCCCAGUGGGCCGGCAACGGUGUCGUUUCCUACUACCUGCCCCUCGUGCUCAACUCUGUCGGCGUCACCUCCGUGACCAACCAGACCCUGAUCAACGCCUGCCUCAACGUGUGGAACCUGCUGUGGGCCAUCGCCGCCGCCGCGUCCGUCGACCGCCUCGGCCGGCGCCCUCUGUUCCUCGCGUCCGCCGUCCUCAUGUUCGUCAGCUUCGUCAUCGUCACCGGUCUCAGCGGUUCCUUCGCGCAGGGCGGAUCCUCCAGCGUCGGCCUGGCCGUCAUUCCGUUCCUCUUCCUCUUCUUCGCCGGCUAUGACAUUGCCCUCACCCCGUUCCUCGUGGCCUACCCCGUCGAGAUCUGGCAGUUCAGCCUCCGCUCCCGCGGGCUCACCGUCACGUGGAUCACAGCGCUCGCCUCCAUCUUCCUCAACACCUUUGUCAACGGCCUGGCCCUCGAGCAGCUCGGCUGGAAAUACUACAUCCUGUUCUGCGUGCUGCUUCUGCUCUGGAUCGUCUUUGUCUGGUUCGUCGUUCCCGAGACAAAGGGCCACACGCUCGAGCAGAUGGCCGUCGUCUUUGACGGCGAAGAUGCCGUCCCCGCCCAGGCUGUUGUUCUGCAGGAGAAGCUGGAUGAGGAUGCUGAUGUCGCGCAUGUGGAUGCGCGGGAUGAAAAGUAA